AUGGACACAACAGUUUUAAGCUGCUGGCUCCUUUUUCUGCUGUUUUGUCCAGCUGUCCCCAUGUGUCUCCCAACGGACUUCACGCUGUAUGUGGAAAAGCCAGAAUGUGACUACUGUGUGGCAGUCAACACCACCAUCUGUACUGGAUUUUGCUUCUCAAGGGACAGCAACAUGCGAGAUGUUCUCCGCCCACGCUUCCUUAUCCAGAGAGGCUGCACCUACGACAGGAUGGAGUACCGCACAACCAUUCUGCCCGGCUGCUCCAUUCACGCCAACCCUGUGUUUACCUUUCCAGUGGCUCUCAGCUGCCACUGUGGUGCCUGCAGGACGGACAGCGAUGAGUGCACACACAGAGCCGGCAUGAGUGGAGCCAGGUGUAGUAAACCUGUCAGACGAGUUUAUCCUUACCCUGGACAAAGCAACUACUUGAUCCCAUUUUAA